AGAAGAAUCGAUGCAGUUGCACUUUUUAUUUUCCCACGUUUCCGGAAUGAUUAUUGCGCAAAGAGAUGAGUAAGUGCCCCCGAUGCAAUAAGGAGGCGACUGGGAGGAACCGCCUGGUCACGGACAGCUGCGGACACACCAAAUGUCGCCUCUGUCUGGUGGCGGAUGAGUCGGAUUGCCUGGAGUGCCGAGUUGCAAGGCAGGAGGAGGAGAGGGCGAAAAACCAAAAGACAAAGGAACCCAAAGAGCGAACUACAGCGGAUAAGUGCAUUAUUGUCACGGAUAAGGGCUACCAUUGCACUGUGUGCAAAAAGGACUUUCGCAGUCGCACCCAGCAGUAUUACCACCUCGCCUGUGGCAACGAUCUUCUGAAGAAGUAUAGCUGCAAGGAAUGCGGUCGCAGGUUUGCCAGCCAUUCCCAUUUGAAGUACCACCUCAGCAACCAUGAGAAACAGUCGAAGCACACGUGCGGCGUCUGCAACAAGGGUUUCAAGCAGAAAAUCAUCCUGCAGCGCCAUAUGCUCACCCACAAGGAAGAGCAGCAUGUGUGCGAGGUCUGCCAGAAAGUCUUCCGCCGCGAGAGCUCCCUUAAAAGCCACAUGGCCAUCCACAGUGAUCUCGGCCUGCCUUACAAAUGCGAGCUGUGCUCCAAGCACUUCCAGAACAAGACUAAUUUAAACCAGCACAUGCGGAAGCACGACCAGAACAGCAUCCGCCACAAGUGCAAGGUGUGCCAGAAGUCAUUCCUGCGGCAAACCACGCUCCGACUGCACAUGAAGCGUCAUUCUUUUCGUGAGCGCCAGUCCUGCUCCAUUUGCGGCAAGAGCUACAACGACACGGAUGCCCUGGCCCGCCACCUGAGGCAACACAAGACCUUAGAACGUUACCGUUGUAUCGACUGCGAGAUCACGGUUAACCGGAAGGACAAUAUGCUUCGUCACGUGCGCUCCAUGCAUCCGGGAUCUGCCUUCGAGAGCCUUGUGGAGAUUUGUACGCCUAGCUCCAGUGCUGAGGAAGUCCCGCCUGUGCAGGAAAGACCGCUCGAGAUCGUGCGAUACAGCAGCGUGAUACAAAGCGUGGGCAAUGUGGAGCCAGUGGUGGUACCGGACCUAUUGCCAUUGCCAACCCCAAAACCAGCACUGCAACUAGAGAAACCACUGCGGCAGAUGGAGCAACCACAAUUACAGCUGGAGCAGCCACUACAACAGAUGGAGCAACCACUACAGCUGGAGCAACCACUACGACAGCUAGAGCAACCACUACAGCAGCUUGAGGAACCACUACUACAGUUGGAGCAACCACUACUACAGUUGGAGCAACCGCUACUACAACUGGAGCACCCACUGCGACAGCUAGAGCAACCACUACUACAGCUGGACCAACCAUAUUCAGAGAUGGAGGAACAACUACUGCAGCUAGAGGAACCAUAUCGACAGCUGGAGCAACCAUAUCGACAGCUGGAGUACCCACAAAGACAGAUGGAGCAACAACUUCUUCAACUGGAGGAACCACUAAGGCAAUUGGAGUACCCAAUACGACAGAUGGAGCACCCUCUAUGUCAGAUGGCACAACCACAACUACAGGUGGAGCAACCAGUAUCACAGCUGGGGGAACCACUAAGACAGCUAGAAGAACCACCACGACAGCGGGAGCAACCCUAUCGACAGCUGGAGCCGCCAAGAACUGUCACAGAACACCAGCCACUGCCAAGUGUUAUGCCCGAGAAGCAUAUCCAGCUCUAUAGAAAGAUCAUCUUGGACCUGGACCAAGAAGAGCUGGUUAUGGAUGAUGCCCAAGAAUCCGACAUGCAUCAACGGCAGCCGUGUGGCCCGGGCCCAGGGAGCUCCAAAUUUAGCGAGAGGCACUGGCGCAAAAGUUUCAAAUUCUGGUAUCAAAAAGAUGACAACACAAAUAGAUAGAA